AUGAUUGGUGUGGACUUACGGGCGCUCACCCAGCCUGUGGGCAUCAUACGAAUAAUGGCAGCCAUCCUCACCUGUAUGUCUUUUAGCCUGGUUGCAACAGUGGGGUACGUCUCAUCUCCCUACUGGGCGUGGUGCAUGUUCACCUGGUGCUUCUGCUUCUUCUUCACCCUUGUCAUUCUCAUCCUGGAGUUCACAACCGUCAAUACCAAAUUACCUUUUGCCUGGGAAGACUUCACCAGUGCCUUUGCCAUGCUGGCGAGCCUCAUGUGCCUCUCCGCCUCCAUAAUCUACCCCGUCUUUUUCACCUGCAAGAUCUGCCACCGCCAGAUCGGGGCCUCCGUGGUGUCCUGGGUCUGCUUUGGGAUUUACGCAGGCGAGGUGGCUUUAACUCGCCUUCGUCCAAGUGGGCAGAACAGCGGGUUCCUCUCCUCGUUACCCGGCAUCAUGAAGAUGCUGGAGGCGUUCUUCGCCUGUCUCAUCUUCACGUCCCUGGAGAAGAGCCAGUUCACUGGCUCCCCAGAACUGCAGUGGUGCGUGGCCGUGUACUGCUUGUGCUUCAUCUUCGCCAUCCUCAUAAUCCUGCUCUCCACUGGACAGCUGACGUCUUUCUUCCCAUUCCCCUUUGACAAGCUUGUGAUCGUCUAUAACAUUUUGGCAGCAGUGAUGUACAUGACAGCUAUGGUGAUCUGGCCACUGUAUAGUUUCCGUGGAAAUAAGAGACCCAGUGUGUGUGGCGCACUCUGUUAUUGGGAUAAACUGGUGGUGGUCACAUUCAUGGCCAUCAUCAAUACUAUUGUUUACACCGUGGACACUGCUUACUCUAUAUAUCUUGUGUUCUGUAUUAGUAGCCAGUUAGCUGCUGCUCAUCAAAACUAA